GAGCAUGUCCGAGCGCGCUCGGCAGCGGCCGCCGCGCCGGGGCUGCGCUCGCUCGCAGCGCGGGAACCGGGGCGCGGGCGCCGCCGCCGCCCGCAAGUCAAUGUAAGCAGCCUGUGCAGAGCACUGCGUUCAUAAAUGUGAAACAAGCCUGCAGCAUCAUGUUUGGCACUAAGAGAUUAAAGAAGAAGUCCCAGUCGGUGGAUAUUAGUGGGCCAGGAUGCAACCCAGUGGCAGCAGAAGCUCAGCCCAGCAAACCUCUGCCUGCCCCUCAGGCAGCAGCUUCCGAGGAGGAGCAGGACAGCACCACCAGCACCCAGAGGCGUCACCCACGGAGGAGUGACCUCAAGAGAUAUUACACCAUUGAUGCUGGCCAGAAGAAGACCCCAGACAAGAAAGAUGGGCGACGAAUGUCUUUUCAGAGACCUAGAGGGACUCUUGAAUAUUCUGUGGAAUCAAGAGAUACUUUAAACAGUAUUGCCUUGAAAUUUGAUACAACACCCAAUGAACUGGUUCAAUUAAAUAAGCUUUUCUCCAGAGCAGUUGUUCCUGGACAGAUUUUGUAUGUUCCUGACCCAGACUACAUUUCUAGUGUGGACAGCUCCCCCUCCCUAAGUCCUGUAAGUCCCCUAUCACCUACAUCUUCAGAAGCAGAGCUUGACAAGGCUACAGUAAAUGAUUCAGAUGGAGUCCAGCAGAAGGAGUCAGCUGUUUCACCAGCACAUGCAUGUGUUCGUCCUUCGAGAGUGGUAUCAUCCACCUCCGAAGAGGAGGAAGCAUUUACAGAGAAAUUUCUAAAAAUUAAUUGCAAGUACAUCACUAAUGGCAAGGGUACGGUCAAUGGUGUGCUGCUAGUGACGCCAAAUAAUAUAAUGUUUGAUCCUCAUAAAAUGGAUCCUCUGGUCCAAGAGAAUGGCUGUGAAGAAUAUGGCAUCAUGUGUCCAAUGGAAGAAGUGAUGUCAGCUGCUCUGUAUAAGGAAAUUGUGGACAGCAAAAUUAAGGAGUCAUUAAGCAUGGAUGUAGAACAGCUGUCAGUAAGGGAACUUGGCCAUUCCAAGAAGGCUGCAAAGAGCAAUACAGAUGACACGGAUUCCAGGGUUCGGGACACGGGCAAUGACAGUGCUAGUACUGCCCCAAGAAGCACAGAGGAGUCUCUUUCAGAAGAUGUUUUCACAGAAUCAGAACUCUCUCCAAUACGUGAGGAACUUGUUUCCUCAGAUGAGCUUCGACAAGAUAAAUCUUCUGGAGCAUCAUCAGAAUCUGUCCAAACAAUAAACCAGACUAGUGCUGAAUGUUUAACAGUCAUUUCAGACUCAAAUGAAGCUGCCAGUGACUUAAAGCCCAGUGCCGAAGUGGUUGGAGAUGUUAAACAGUUUGGUACCCACUUAAGUUCAGAACAUGCUAAAAGGUCUAUAAAGGGGGGACAAGAACCUGGUGGAAAUACUGCAGAUGUCCUCCAGCAGUCUUUACCAAGAUCACAGGGUAGUGAGGAGCACAGCAAGGAGACAGAAGUGGGCAAGGAUCAGGGUUCCUCAGUAGGAAAAAAGGCAGAUAAUGAGAUGGAAGAGGAAUGUCCGGGUUGUGACGAUACCGUGGACUCUCAAAAGCAAGAGACACCCAGCAGAAGGAAAGUAGUGAGAGAGCGAAGUCAAGACUCAACUUCAGAGGCAGAGGUUGAAGAACUCCGCAAGCUCUGGAAGACUCACACUAUGCAACAAACAAAACAGCAAAGAGAAAACAUGCACCAGGAUUCACAAAAGGAGAUCAGUCAGAAAGCUGUAUCUGCAGGAGAUGGGCGGUUAGAAGGUUCUUCUGUUAUGAAAGAAAAAAGACGGCAUCGAUCUCACAAGUUUCUGUGUCUCAGGGUUGGAAAACCCAUGAGAAAAACAUUUGUUUCUCAAGCAAGUGCAACAAUGCAACAGUAUGCACAAAGGGACAAAAAGCAUGAGUACUGGUUUGCUGUUCCACAAGAAAGGACAGAUCACUUGUAUGUCUUCUUUAUCCAGUGGAGUCCAGAAAUAUAUGCAGAAGAUACUGGGGAGUCUCUUCGGGAACCUGGAUUUAUAGUGGUAAAAAAGAAGGAAGAGCCUGAAACUAGUGAAGAAUCAAGUACUGAAGAUGCUGCUAAAGAAUGGGAGGUAGUGUCAGUGGCUGAGUAUCACCGCAGGAUCGAUGCUCUAAAUAGCGAAGAACUGCGCACACUCUGCAGACGUCUCCAGAUAACAACAAGAGAAGAUACCAAUUCAAAACAGGCAACAAAUAUCAAAACAGACCUGGAGCCUGAAGCAUUCCGGCCAAAUCUUAGUGAUCCAAGUGAAUUACUACAGCCAGAACAAAUUGAAAAGCUCACAAAGUCUCUUCCACCACGGACUAUUGGGUAUCCAUGGACUCUUGUCUACAGUACUGCAAAGCAUGGCAUGAGCUUGAAGACCUUGUAUCGGACAAUGAUGGGCUUAGACACACCUGUGCUGCUGGUUAUCAAAGACAGUGAUGGACAGGUUUUUGGUGCACUAGCAUCUGAACCAUUUAAAGUGAGCGACGGCUUUUAUGGCACUGGGGAGACCUUUAUGUUCACUUUUUCUCCAGAUUUUGAGGUUUUUAAAUGGACUGGAGACAACAUGUUCUUCAUUAAAGGAGACAUGGACUCUCUUGCUUUUGGUGGAGGAGGAGGAGAGUUUGCUCUUUGGCUUGAUGGUGAUCUCUACCAUGGAAGAAGUCAUUCAUGUAAAACGUUUGGGAAUCACACACUUUCUAAGCGAGAAGACUUCACUAUUCAAGACAUAGAAAUAUGGGCUUUUGAAUAAGUAUUUCACUAUUUCUACAGGUUAUUGUCCCAAACCUGACAUGAAUCAGUGCAGCUUAAAAAUCCCUAGGAGCAAUAUAAUGUAUUUUACUUAUCUGGGUUUUUUUGGGGUUUUUUUUCUAAUUUUUCAGUGUGGCCAUUAGUUAUUAUUUUUAAAUAGCAGAAGUUUUUUCAUGCUCUUGCAUCUGUAAUAUACUGUCAUACUUUUUCUAAGCUAUAGACUCUUUUACAAAAUAUUGACCUUGUGGACUAAAAAUUAACAUUAGUUACUUUGAGCCUUGUGGCCUGCAAAAUUUUCUUAUCCAUAUUACAGUUGCCUCCCAGGUUUCCCACACACACCUUUCCUGCAAUCCUGCUAGGGGGCUGCUUCAUUGAAUAUAGCUUAUUAUUUUUGUAUUCAAAUUAUGUCUAUGAAUGAAGUUGCCCUCUGUGAACCUCUGAGAAAGCUGCGUGUGGGUAUUUGGCAGCAGCACUGCAGAGAUUGGUCCAGACCAAUGAUGGGUUAUUCAAAUGGUGCCACAAAUGGGUGAGAAGCUGAGCAUUCCUCCUUAACACAUCCCAGUACACACGUGGUGAAGUUAGAAGAUAUCCAAAGUCAACAGUGCCACUUGUCUUGUUUCUUGUUCAUGUGUAGGAAAAAGUCAGUUAAUAUGUGUUGUAGCUGCAUGCUGAUUGUAUUUAAAGAGUGUUUUGCACAUGCUGUUAAUGAUCCGCAGGUUUGGGACAAAUACUGACAAUAUUGAGCUAAGUGGCAAAGACUACAAAAUAGCAAGUGAAUGUAAAAAUAUGAUAGUUCCAAAAACUUAAAAGGCUAAAGCAAGCAAAACUCAGUGAACAAUUUGUAGCUAUAGUAGGGCAUUAAAAGUACAGAAACAGAUGCAUCUUUCUUCAACAUAAGGUGUCAGAUAUAUACUGUUAUACUGUUGUAGCCGUGUAGCACAUCAGCUCCAAGAAUAUAGCUUAUUCCUGUCCAAAGAAAAAGAUUAUUUGUGAUGUUUUUGAGUGGGUCUAUGUUGUAAAUUUACAAUUAGCACCAGCUCUGAUUAAAAUGACAUCAUGUAUCAUAGGUAGACAAUAUUGUAAUUCAGUAGACUUGUGGAAUAUGCAAACUUACUGUCAUGUGACCUCAAAAAAUAAAUGACAGGCUAGAAUACAGUUCCAGUAGCUCUUGUCCACUUUUGUAGAAAACUUGAUAAGCCAUUGUGGCAAUAACAGCUCAACAAAAAUGUUAGUUUCAAAGCUUUUAUUCUAUGUUCUGCAAAAAAAAACAAAACAAAAAAGAACAAAAAAAUUGCUGUUAAGUGUGACAGUGACUGACUUUGUGCUGAAAUUUCAGCUAUUUCAGACAAACAUUGUAUAUUUUCUUGUAAAUUAAUGUUUAAAGUAGUUUUGUUAUUAUAGAAAAGUGUUGAUUGACGGGUUGCUUAUAGCACUUUAAAUUAUUCUAGAAAUGGAAUAAAAGCCAAAUGGGUUGGCUUACAUAGAUGUAGUUGUAUAUUUCAAAACAUUUACAUUUCUGGAAAGUUUAAAAAAAAACAACUUAUUUGAAGACAGCUUACUGCUAUGGUAACAAGAAAGGGCAGAUGUUUCAUCUAUAAUAUGCUAAUGCUCAAUAUGAAUAGAAAAACAGGGCUUUGUUUCCUGUCUCUAUGUAUAUCUCUUUAUCCUUAUUAGAACUUAGUACAAUGUGUAGAGUAAAUGUUUACAAAAUAAGGAACUGUAAAUAAAUUGAAAUGGCUUUUCUCCCCUUUGGUCUUCCACAGCAGUAUUAUUGUCUUUGUGGAGUUACAACUGAUUAUUACAACAAAAAAAAAUCCUGUAAUGGAUUUCAAGUACUAUAAGCUCACAGUGAUGUAUAGCAAAUAAACCUAAAUAUAUGUAAAAAUAAA